AUGGUUGGGGCAUUACUGGAGGUGUGGAAAGACAAUCGCACAGACCCUCUACCUGUAAGUAACAUUUGGCCAUACUGGACAUAUGAUGGACAUACAGUAGACAAUGAUAACUUUUGUAGUGUUUGUAGUUAGAUUAUGUUUGUUUUAACCUGUCCCGUAACCACUGAGUUCUUACCUUACGCUGCCUCUGUCCCCUUAGGAAACGCACAGUAAUGUCCAUGCCAUUGUGGAAGACAUCCUGAAGGAGCAUGACACCACUAAGGUAUUACCUUACUGCCUGCAUUGCUUUGCAUUCUUACAUAUUUCUUCAAUUUUGUCAGAAGUUGUAGAAACCAGCAUUUUGUUGUUGUGUUCUUAAGAAAGGGCAUUUGACCCUGGAGGAUUACCAAAUAUGGAGUGUGAUGAGUGCACUUGCCAAUGAGUUCCUCAACCUGCUGUUUCAGGUAAGAGCCAGCCACUGUGUUUCUACUUUGGUCACCAUUAUGUGCUGUGUGUGCUUUUCUGCUGGAUCACCAGUCUUCUGCUCUCCUGUUGCUGCCUAGGUGUGCCAUAUUGUCCUGGGGUUGCGGCCUGCCUCAUGUGAAGAGGAGGGACAGAUAAUCAGGUGUGUGUGUCACCAUGUCAUUGUCCUCUCCUGCUGUCAUACACAUGCCCCUCAUCAAUCAAUCAAUCUACCACUCAAACUCAUUCACUUGUGUCUGCAGGGGCUGGUUGGAGAGAGAGAGCAGACACGGCCUCCAGCCAGGAGACUACUGGUUCCUCAUAGCAGUGCCGUGGUGGCAGCGGUGGAGGGACUACGUCAAAUAUGUAAGCAAGGCUUUUUCGCUUGACACCAGGAUCAUCUGUUUCUCAUAAUGUGCCCACUCUACAGUAUCAUUUUUUUGCUGAUGUGGUUGUUGGCGCCUCGUCCAGGACAACCCGCAUAUCGUGGUGGAACAGCCGUCAGUGUUUGGCACAGGGAAGAGUGGUGGAGGGGCCGGGGCCCAGACGCAGGCCAGGGUGGAGCAGGGCCCAGAGGUGGAGAGCAUGGCCAGCUCCCACAGCUCCCCAGAGGAGAAGUUCUCAGACAACAUCUCCAGUGCAUCAGAGGCCUCUGAGACAACCAGUGGCAGUGAGUGGCUAAGAAUUCUCAGCACUCAGCGUUGCAUUUAGCAAAACAGUUGGAUACUAGUAUAGCUUAAGGAUUGCAUAUCUGUUAACUAUUGCAUAUCUGAGAGUAAGUCUUCCAUUGAAUGUCACUGAAAACUUAACAAAUUAAUUUGCUAUUUUUAGGCAUUCUACCCCUGGGCUCGACUGCUACGGAUAUCUGCUUUGCCCGGCAGUAUGACAUCCCAGACACAGACAACCAGUGCCUCCUGGGGGCUGAUGGGAACAUGGCAGUUCUAAGGCCUGGGGCCAUCGAUAACCAGCCUCUGGUCAUGUCGGAGCCCUUAAAGGUACGGUAGGCACUACCAACAACACUGUGGAAGUAUGUUCCUAAUCCUCAAACUGAUAUUGCCAUAUUGUUUCAGUUUUAAACCUGUCCCUCUUGAACUGUUUGCCCAGGCUCCCACAUUGACCAUGGAGGGGGGCCUACUGAGGCGCUCCCCAUCCCUGAUUCUAAGCAGGGACUUUGAGGUUGUGCCAGAGCCUGUGUGGAGGGCACUUUACCACUGGUACGGAGCCAACCUGAGUCUCCCCAGGCCGGUAUGUACAGUUUAACUCUAUGAAGCAGAUCCACUUGUGGAUUUCCCAGUUACCAUUAUCAUCGCUAUUGAUCCUGAUAUUGUGAUAACCUCACAUUCCCAUCCCCUCUCCUCUUCUCCUGUGGGCAUUCCCAGGUGAUCAGAAACACCAAGACAGACUGUGCUGAGCUGGAGCUGUUCCCCCGACACCUGCUCUUCCUGAGGCAGCAGCCCCCCGCCCGCACCCCCCAGAACAACGUCUGGGUCAAUAUGGGUAAGAGCUUCCCCUGCAUGCGUCUCCAGCACCUUUCCAAAGGAGGGACAAGCGUAGCACAAGGGCCUAGUCACCUUCUGCUCCAAGAGUGUGCAGGGUCAGUGCCAGUCUGUGAGUCUAUUUUUACAUCCAUGAUGUAAUCUGAUUAUUUGACAAUCAGACCUUUGUCUGAAGCGUGUCUGAUUUAGAUCAUACUCUACAUUCAACUUGUUUAAAAAAAGUUUUACUAUUUUUGUAUUUCUUUAAUUAUAGAAUAGUUUGUCCUGUUGAAUAAUAGUUCCAGAGUGUGCAGCUUGUGAGAUCGGCUCUCUGUUCUCUCUCCACACAACCAAUACAUCGUUUUUUUUGUGGCCUUUACAUGGACGUCACAAGACUUGUGGCAGCACAGGGACACAUUAAUCUCAGUCAUGUGAGGUCACUUCUGUGUGGGGAAGUGAGUGCUCAAUAUUCUUACACCCUUUUGUCUGUGACACUCAGGGCAAUAUCCUAAGAUAUGCACGCUCCAUUGACGUCAAUGCAUGAUCUGCGCAGAUCUCAAGUUAGGAGUUGGGCCUCAUUGUAUGACAGAGCAUUUGGCCACAGCAAAAUAUUCUGGAAAUUAGCUACGACAAGCGUUUACAGUUUUCCAUCUAUGAACAGUAGUUAAUGGUGUCUCCCGGUCCUUCCCCAGGUAAUGUCCCCUCUCCUAGUGCCCCCCUAAAGCGUGUGCUGGUCUACACGGGCUGUUUCAGUAGGGUGGGCACCAUCAAAGACAUCCAUGAGUACCUGGCCCAGAGACUCCGCAUCAAGGAGGAAGACAUGCGCCUGUGGCUCUUUAACAAUGAGGUGAGUGGGGACUCAGAAGGUUGAUUCAGCAUCAACACACACACAUGCACAGUAAACACUCAAGCUCCAAUACACACACAAAUGCACGCCACAUAUAUAUAUUAUUUUAUUUACAGUUAAAUCUCCAAUAUCUUUCAAAACGAUGUAUUCCACAGAAUUAUCUGACCCUUCUUGAUGAUGAAGACCAUUCCCUGGAGGGGUUAAAGAUCCCAGAUGAACAGUACAUGGUUAUAGAAGGUAUGCAUCAUAAUGAAUCUGUGUUUAAAUGGAUUCGUCAUGUAUUGUCAGGAUGAGUAGAUUAAAGUUUCUUUGUGUUCAUUAGUAAGGAGCAAGGACAUGAGCUGGCCCGAGGAGAUGUCCUUCAUCGCUAACAGCAACAGGAUGAACAGACACAAUGGUGAGACAGUCACUGCAUACAGCUACAUCAUUACAACAUUAGCACUACUAUUGUGUAAUCCUUAUUGGGUCAGUCCACCUCCAAAAGCACAAGAAAGGAUUUCGUCACCCACCAUCUCAAUUUCUGUAGUUGGAAACAGAUAAGAUUAGCAUUCCUAAAACAUUAUUUUGUUUAAAUAUCAUUUGAUCUCUGAGAAAUUAAGCUAAUUGAUUGCACCCAAAUUGGCCAUUUUUAAUUUAUAGGAUUCAUAUAGCGAACAUCGGAUUUGGACCAUAAUUCUUCCAAACAAUGAGUAAGACAUGAUGAAUCCAAUAAAAUGAUCAAAAGCCUCCCACAAGCACCAAAGGGAGAGCCCUCUCAGAGAACUGCCAUUUGUUGGACUAUUCGAAGAGAAUUGGGUUGAAGCAUUAGGUUGCUAAGAGAAAGACAAACUGAAUUGCUUUCAUGGAGGACUGGCUUGACUAUUUAUUUUCAUCAUUUAUAGUCCCGUGUAGCUCAGUUGGUAGAGCAUGGCGUUUGCAACGCCAGGGUUGUGGGUUCGAUUCCCACGGGGGGCCAGUAUGAAAAAUAAAAAUAAUUAUGCACUCACUAACUGUAAUUCGCUCUGGAUAAGAGCGUCUGCUAAAUUACUAAAAUGUAAAUGAGCAAAAGCUAUUGAUUUUCUACCCAAAAUUGCAAAGAAAAUGUUGUGAUCCAUUACUUUCACACUAAUUUAUGGUAAAUUAUGCAAGAUACUUCAAUGGCUAAUUUCUCUGAGCAGGGGAGGAAAAAAAACAUCACCAGAUUCACAGGGAAUACAUUACAUAGGAUGAAGAAUCAAUACUCCAAGCCUCAGCUCCAUACUGAUACUGGUUGUUGUGGUGGUGUGUGGGGGUCCGUGGGUGGCUUUUGACCAUUUUAUUGUCUUACUCAAUGGUAGGAAGAAGUUUGGUCCAAAUUGGAUGUUGGGUACUAUAUUAAUUGAAUAUAUUAUGUGAAUCCUAUAAAUUAAAAUGGCCAGUUUGGGCGCAAUCAAUUUCUCAGAGCUCAAAUUAAGUGUCAACAAAAUAAUGUUGCAGGAAUGCUAAUUUCAUCUGUUUUUAACUUCAGAAACGAUUUCAGAAUAAUCUGUGAUGGUGGGUUUCAUGGCUUGCUGAAAUGACAUUGAACGACUAUUUAGAAUGUAACACUAACUGAGCUGAUAAGUCCUUUGAUAUAUUAUAGAUAAGUCUGUCAGACAAUACUUGUUUUGCUUUCACCAAACAUUAAAGCGGUCGUACUGACUGUUGUAGAAGCUUUUGAUGGUUGAAUAGCAUCCUCAGACUGUUGCCUCCUCCUGUUCACAGUCCCUACUGAGAAAGGUGCGACUGGACUGAGCAACCUUGGCAACACGUGCUUCAUGAACUCCAGUAUCCAGUGUGUGAGCAACACCAAGCCUCUCACAGACUACUUCACUUCAGGAAACCACCUCUACGAGCUCAACAGGUAUGUGUGCAUUAUUUUAGAUUGACAAGAAUGCAUUCUUAUUAUACAAUAAUGUAUUUUUAUUAUACAUGCUUAUUAUACACUUUGGGCAAAACGUUGGUUAAAUAAACCCACAGCAAGCAGAGAUGAGUCUGCGAGUUUCUUUUUCAUUUGUGCUUUUUGUCUUCAUAACAGGACCAAUCCCAUUGGGAUGCGCGGUCACAUGGCCAAAUGCUAUGGCGAUCUGGUACAGGAGUUGUGGAGUGGAACACAAAAGAACUUGGCCCCUCUGAAACUCAGAGUAUGUCAAACAAGCCUUCAACUGACACCCCCCAAUAACACUACAGUCUACCAACCUAAAAAGUACAGUCUUUCAACCUAAAAAACAAGAGUCAAAUGGUUGUCGUUUUCCCUUCUCUCCUUGUCUACCCUGUCCCUUCCCUCAGUGGACGAUAGCAAAGUACGCCCCGCGGUUCAAUGGCUUCCAGCAGCAGGACUCCCAGGAGCUGCUGGCCUUCCUGCUGGACGGCCUUCACGAGGACCUGAAUCGCGUUCACGAGAAACCCUACGUGGAGCUGAAGGACAGCGACGGGCGGCCAGACUGGGAGGUGGCUUCUGAGGUCAGAGUUCAUACCCACUUUUCCUAUCUUCAUAGUGGAGCGAUGCAGAAAUGAGGCCCUGGGUGAAUUACCUCAUGUAGUUGUUGAGUGUAAAUGUUGAUUUGAGGGUGUAAUAUUAGCUUUCUGUGCCGUCUUGAACUGCUAGAAGUUGUCUGGUGUGAUGAUGGUGAGUUGUGUUGUGUUCCCCCAGGCGUGGGAGAAUCACUUGAGGAGGAACCGCUCCAUCGUGGUGGACCUGUUCCAUGGCCAGCUCAGGUCACAGGUCAAGUGCAAGACCUGUGGCCAUGUCAGUGCCCGCUUUGACCCCUUCAACUUCCUCUCUCUCCCCCUGCCCAUGGAUAACUCCAUGCACUUAGAGAUCAUAGGUGAGCCUUAUAAUGCAGUGUAUACAGCACUACAGUUCAGUUCAACAUCCAGAAAACAUUUCCCAAAACAUCAGAGAUUAGCAUCAUAUUGGAGAUAUUUGUCUCAGGAAAUCUGUCGCCUGUCCACCCUUUCUUGUGCUAGCCUCAGAGCUUUACAGUAACAGUGUGGUGUUGAAUAGAAAGCUCUUUUGUUCCUGUUGUCUUGUGAGAGAAAGUACAUUGGAUCCCAUGCCUCUGCAACACUGCUCUUUGUUUCCUCUGUCCAGUCAUUAAGCUGGAUGGGUCAUGCCCAGUGCGGUAUGGGCUCCGGCUCAAUGUGGAUGAGAAGUACACAGGCCUGAAGAGACUCCUGAGUGAGCUCUGCUGCGUUAACCCUGAGCAGAUCCUACUAGCUGAAGUCCAUGCCUCUAACAUCAAGGUAGAGCCUUCAUCAGCCAUCAUCAUCUGUCCUCAUCACUGUCCAUCCAAUCAUCACACUGUCAAUAUGCACACAGACUAGUGAAAGUGAUUGUCUGUCUACCCUAUUUUUAUUUUUAGAAUUUUCCACUGGACAACCAGAAAGUGCGUCGGGUGGUGACCGGCUUCCUGUGUGCGUUUGAGAUCCCGGUGCCAGGCGUGUCCACGUCUGUGGUGUCUACCCCCACAGAAACAGAUGGUGAUGGUAUACCGAUUGGUUCUUCUGUUUAACAGUGGUUUCUUCUCUUUUCAAAGCCAUUGUCAUAAGGCUCUUUUUAAAAGCAAUCAGUGAAAAGUGAUGAAAGGGAUUUAGAAUGCAAAGAAGUAGCAACCAAGAACAUUUUAGAAUUCAACAAAUGCACAGGUUUUAGAUAACAGAUGGAAAGGUAGAUACUUUGACACUGAACAAUAUAACAAAGCUAAAUGACCGUCACAGAAGCUGUCAACACUGCUGUUAUGUCUUAUUUGAGUCUUCACUGACAACAUGACAAGCUGUUUGUUCUUCAUGUCAUCUCCAGAAGCUCCAGCGCUAGCGAAUGGGAACGCUGCCAUGGUAACUGAGAGGAACUCUCUGAAACUGGGACUGAUCCCCAAGGGCAUGCCCAGCACUGUAGUGCCCUGUGUCACAGAGGGCAGCCUUGCCAACGGUCUCCCCAACGGCCACGUGAUGCCCCCUCUGGACAGCCCCUUCUCUGGGUACAUCAUCGCCAUCCAUAGGAAGAUGGUGAGAACUGCAGGAUGGGCUAAAGAUGGAGACAAGAUUAUCAGUGCAUCAAGAUUAGUCAAAGUCUAUAAUGCUCACUUCUAAACAAAGUGUCAUUUGUGUUUGUUUCCUAGAUGCGGGCAGAGUUAUACUUCCUGUCCAGUCAGAAGAACCGUCCCAGUCUGUUUGGGAUGCCAUUGAUCGUGCCGUGUACAGUCCAAACCAGGACCAGGGACCUGUAUGAUGCUGUCUGGACCCAGGUGUCCCGCCUGGCCAGUCCCUUGCCCCCUCAGGAGGCCAGCAACCACGCCCAGGACUGGUCAGUCUCUCCAGACCACUCUCUGUAUUAUGUCAGGUUGCUUUGCAGUGCCCAGUGUUAUCCUAAUGGCACAGGUGUGUGAUACUGAUGUGUGUUUUAUUUUGGGGAUUUUUGUGAACACACAGUGAUGACAGCAUGGGCUACCAGUAUCCCUUCACCCUGCGUGUGGUGCAGAAAGAUGGCAACUCCUGCGCUUGGUGUCCGUGGUACAGGUAAUUAAGUCUGACACACAGUACAACAUAUCACAAUACGGUUGAAGAUGGAGAAGGUGUUAAUUGAUACCCUCUGUUGUUGUGCCCCUCAGGUUCUGCAGAGGCUGCACAGUGGAGUGUAACGAUGACAGGGCUGCUGUGGGGAAUGCCUUCAUGGCUGUGGACUGGGACCCCACCGCUCUGCACCUCCGCUACCAGACCUCUCAGGAGAGGGUAAGAGAAACAAAUGCGUUGUUGAAAAUUGUGUUUUAAAUAGUGUUGUAAAAGUAGCCAACUCUCAUCUGGCUAUAGUUAGGCUACCUCUUCAAAGGGGGUGACACUCUAGAUCCAAACUGUUACAGACCUAUGUCCAUCCUGCCCUGCCUUUCGAACGUUUUUGAAAGACAAGUUAACAAACAGAUCACCGACCAUUUCGAAUCAGACCGUACAUUCUCCGCUAUGCAAUACGGUUUCCGAGCUGGUCAUGGGUGCACCUCAGCCACGCUCAAGGUCCUAAACGAUAUUAUAACCGCGAUCGAUAAUAGACAGUACUGUGCAGCCGUCUUCAUCGACCUGGCCAAGGCUUUCGACUCUGUAAACCACAGCAUUCUUAUUGGCAGACUAAAUAGCCUUGGUUUCUCAAAUGACUGCCUCGCCUGGUUCACCAACUACUUCUCAGAUAGAGUUCAAUGUGUCAAAUCGGAGGGCCUGUUGUCUGGACCUAUGGCAGUCUCUAUGGGGGUGCCACAGGGUUCAAUUCUUGGGCCAAAUCUUUUCUCUGUGUAUAUCAAUGAUGUUGCUCUUGCUGCUGGUGAUUCUCAGAUCCACCUCUACGCAGACGACACCAUUUUGUAUACAUCUGGCCCUUCAUUGGACACUGUGUUAACAAACCUCCAAACGAGCUUCAAUGCCAUACAACACUCCUUCAGUAGCCUCCAACUGCUCUUAAACACUAGUAAAACUAAAUGCAUGCUCUUCAAUCGAACGCUGCUGGCACCCGCCCACCCGACUAGAAUCACUACUCUCGACGGGUCUGACCUAGAGUAUGUGGACAACUACAAAUACCUAGGUGUCUGGUUAGACUGUAAACUCUCCUUCCAGACUCACAUUAAGCAUCUCCAAUCCAAAGUUAAAUCUAGAAUCGGCCUCCUAUUUCGCAACAAAGCCUACUUCACACAUGCUGCCAAACAUGCCCUCGUAAAACUGACUAUCCUACCGAACCUUGACUUCGGCGACGUCAUUUACAAAAUAGCCUCCAACACUCUUCUCACCAAAUUGGAUGUAGUCUAUCAUAGUGCCAUCCGUUUUGUCACCAAAGCCCCAUAUACUACCCACCACUGUGACCUGUACGCUCUUGUUGGCUGGUCCUCACUACAUAUUCGUCGCCAAACCCACUGGCUCCAGGCCAUCUAUAAAUCACUGCUAGGCAAAUCCCCGCCUUAUCUUAGCUCAUUGGUCACCAUAGCAACACCCACCCGUAGUAUGCGCUCCAGCAGGUAUAUCUCACUGGUCAUCCCCAAAGCCAACACCUCCUUUGGCCGCCAUUCCUUCCAGUUCUCUGCUGCCAAUGACUGGAACGAAUUGCAAAAAUCUCUGAAGCUGGAGACUCUUAUCUCCCUCACUAACUUUAAGCAUCAGUUGUCAGAGCACCUUACCGAUCUCUGCACCUGUACACUGGUAGAGCACGGCGCUUGUAACGCCAAGGUAGUGGGUUCGAUCCCCGGGACCACCCAUACACAAAAAUGUAUGCACGCAUGACUGUAAGUCGCUUUGGAUAAAAGCGUCUGCUAAAUGGCAUUAUUAUUAUUAUUAUUAUUAUUAUUAUUACACAGCCCAUCUGAAAUUAGCCCACCCAACUACCUCAUCCCCAUAUUAUUUAUUUUGCUAAUUUGCACCCCAGUAUCUCUAUUUGCACAUCAUCUCUUGCACAUCUAUCAUUCCAGUGUUAAUACUAAUUGUAAUUAUUUUGCACUAUGGCCUAUUUAUUCCCUUACCUCCAUAACUUGCUACAUUUGCACACACUGUAUAUAUAUUUUUCUGUUGUAUUUUUGACUUUAUGUUUUGUUUUACCCCAUAUGUAACUCUGUGUUGUUUUUAUCGCACUGCUUUGCUUUAUCUUGGCCAGGUCGCAGUUGUAAAUGAGAACUUGUUCUCAACUGGCUUACCUGGUUAAAUAAAGGUGAAAUGUAAUACAGUGAGGAGAAAAAAGUAUUUGAUUCCCUGCUGAUUUUGUACGUAUGCCCACUGACAAAGAAAUGAUUAGUCUAUAAUUUUAAUGGUAGGUUUAUUUGAACAGUGAGAGACAGAAUAACAACAAAAAAAUCCAGAAAAACGCAUGUCAAAAAUGUUAUAAAUUGAUUUGCAUUUUAAUGAGGGAAAUAAGUAUUUGACCCCCUCUCAAUCAAAGAUUUCUGGCUCCCAGGUGUCUUUUAUACAGGUAACGAGCUGAGAUUAGGAGCACACUCUUAAAGGGAGUACUCCUAAUCUCAGUUUGUUACCUGUAUAAAAGACACCUGUCCACAGAAGCAAUCAAUCAAUCAGAUUCCAAACUCUCCACCAUGGCCAAGACCGAAGAGCUCUCCAAGGAUGUCAGGGACAAGAUUGUAGACCUACACAAGGCUGGAAUGGGCUACAAGACCAUCGCCAAGCAGCUUGGUGAGAAGGUGACAACAGUUGGUGCGAUUAUUCGCAAAUGGAAGAAACACAAAAUAACUGUCAAUCUCCCUUGGCCUGGGGCUCCAUGCAAGAUCUCACCUCGUGGAGUUGCAAUGAUCAUCAGAACGGUGAGGAAUCAGCCCAGAACUACACAGGUGGAUAUUGUCAAUGAUCUCAAGGCAGCUGGGACCACAGUCACCAAGAUAACAAUUGGUAACACACUACGCCGUGAAGGACUGAAAUCCUGCAGCGCCCGCAAGGUCCCCCUGCUCAAGAAAGCACAUAUACAUGCCCGUCUGAAGUUUGCCAAUGAACAAACAUGGAGGUGGAAACAUUGUGCUUUGGGGGUGUUUUUCUGCUAAGGGGACAGGACAACUUCACCGCAUCAAAGGGACGAUGGACGGGGCCAUGUACUGUCAAAUCUUGGGUGAGAACCCAAAAAUGGGUCGUGGAUGGGUAUUCCUUCAUGACAAUGACCCAAAACACACGGCCAAGGCAACAAAGGAGUAGCUCAAGAAGAAGCACGUUAAGGUCCUGGAGUGGCCUAGCCAGUCUCCAGACCUUAAUCCCAUAGAAAAUCUGUGGAGGGAACUGAAGGUUCGAGUUGCCAAACGUCAGCCUCGAAACCUUAAUGACUUGGAGAAGAUCUGCAAAGAGGAGUGGGACAAAAUCCCUCCUGAGAUGUGUGCAAACCUGGUGGCCAACUACAAGAAACGUCUGACCUCUGUGAUUGCCAACAAUGGUUUUGCCACCAAGUACUAAGUCAUGUUUUGCAGAGGGGGUCAAAUACUUAUUUCCCUCAUUAAAAUGCAAAUCAAUUUAUAACAUUUUUGACAUGCGUUUUUCUGGAUGUUUUUGUAGUUAUUCUGUCUCUCACUGUUCAAAUAAACCUACCAUUAAAAUUAUAGACUGAUCAUGUCUUUGUCAGUGGGCAAACGUACAAAAUCAGCAGGGGAUCAAAUACUUUUUUCCCUCACUGUAAAAUAAAAUAAACAUGCUGAUCGGGGCUUACAUAAGAUUUUAUUUCAACUGUUCAGGUUCACCAUCAGCAAUAGUUUUGGUAGUUUUGCUUUAAACAAUCAGUAUGUAUAGUCAUUUUUAGAUAUAUAGGGUAAAGUUGAUAAUUUCAUAACGAGGACAGCAAUCACUUUUGCUACCCGCAUGGUCGAAGCAGGAGAAGAGAAGUUCACUCAGAGUCUGUCAACUUCCAAACGGUCUAAACCAUUCGACUAUGAGACGGAGGUGAAAUCCAAAGUUGUGCUAUAUAUUAAUUUGCUAUGUCAUAGCACAUUUUUUAAGAUAAAUAUUUAUACAUUACUAGCUCUAACACUUUUAAUCUGCAAAAAUGACAUUAAUUAGUGGUUGAUGGUGAUUUCAGGUCAAAGGUGGGGGGGGAACAAAAAGCAAGCAUUGCUCCCCCUAACUGAUAGUGGGGUGGUAGAUGCCCAGUUUCCAUUAUGGCUCAGGUCAGGUGCCUACAUACACCAUAGACCAGUGGUAUUCAAACCUUUUCAGGACCCCAUUUUUGGGGGGAUAGAAUUCCUAGGGAACCCAUUUUUUCCCGCCUGAAAUUCUGUUGACCCCACCCCAAAUCAAAUGACAACCUUAAAAUCUGUAAAUGUGUAAUUUUUUAUAAACAUAUUUUUAUUUGGCGACCCAACUGCAAUUCCACCCGUCACGACCCCGACUUUGAAUACCACUGCCAUAGACAUACAUCAUUUACACACACAAACACCCAGAAGUCAGCUCAGACAGAUCCAGCUCAGAGAGGCCCAGCUCAUGAACUCUAUCAGCAGCAGAUUUGAAUUUGGAAUGGAAAAUGGAUGUGUUUAUGCAACAAAUGUUAGUGCAUCGUAUCACAUUGAUUCGUUCCUCUAAUCAAACCGAAACGUUUCAAACUAAAAUGUAUUGUUUCUGAAUCGGAGCGCAUGCAUCGAAUCGUCUUGAAAAGGAAAGAUGCACAUGCCUAAUUUAUUACAUAUCUAAUGGAAAGACGACAUACUAAGUAAUGUGUGUGUCCUGUAGAUCGUGGAGGAGCACCCCAGUGUGGAACAGAGUCGCAGGGCCCAGGCAGAGCCCAUCAGUCUGGACAGCUGUCUGCAGGCCUUUACCAGUGAGGAGGAGCUGGGAGAGGAUGAGCUUUACUACUGCUCCAAGUGCAAGACCCACCGCCUGGCCACCAAGAAAUUAGACCUGUGGAGGCUGCCGCCCAUCCUGGUCAGAUAUACAGCUCCUUCACUCUGCAUUAACUCCCCAGUCCUCUCCCUAUUCAUUUUAGUGUCUAUAGGCAACAGUUGAAACCUAUGCAAAGCCUAAUAAAGAAACUCCAGUCAAACAGUUUGAAUGCCAUGUCUGAAGUGCAAGAUUGCACAGGACAUCACCCACUCUAAAACUUUAUUCUGUCCAUUUGAAUUACAGAUUAUUCAUUUAAAACGGUUCCAGUUUAUGAAUGGGCGGUGGAUCAAAUCCCAGAAGAUUGUGAGGUUUCCCAGGGAGACAUUUGAUCCCAGUGCUUUCCUGACCCCAAGAGAUGCAGACCAAAGCCAACAGAGCUGGAGGGACGGGCUAGGGGAGGAGCUACACGACACAGUGGGAGGAGUACCAAAGUCUGGGGGUGGAGACACUGUCUGUAACCCCACCCUGACUCUCAACAAUGGGAAAGGUUUGUAAAGAGUCUUGACUGGUUUCAGAUGUAGCUGUCACAUCCAACUUAUUCCUUUAGAGAGGCUGGUGUUCAUCUAUGAAUGUAUGUGUCUGUUUUCAGACUCUCUGUGCUCAGGGAGGAUGGCCAGCACUCCCCUCAGCGGAGAUGUCAGCCCCAACUGCAGCCCACAGAGUGAGGGCAGGAGGCAGGGCUGUGGACGGGUGUUGCCCAUGGAAAGCAGGUACCAGCUAUCCCUCAGUAAAGAGAGCCUGGACAGUGGCAGGGAGAGCCCCAUGGAGCUCGAGGCCAGUGGGAUGGGGAGCAGGGGAGAGGGCCUCAACGACUCCACCUCUGGAGAGGACACGGCCAGGGACUGUGACAACACAACGUCUGUGUCUGAGCUGGAGAGCAAUGGCUACACCGAGGACAGCAUAGAUCUGGAGGCCUCUCAGGACCAAAGAGACAAAAUCUGCUUGGACCCCAUGUACAACUUGUAUGCAAUUUCAGUAAGUAUUAAAUAUUAGUUUUUCUCUGUAAGAAUAUUGCUCUUAUAAGCUGAAGACGCAGGAGUGCAAAGUGACUGUCAAUCUACCAUCUGAAAUAUCCUCUAACUACCAAUCACUUUUGUGUCUGUAGUGCCAUUCAGGGAUCCUCGGAGGAGGCCACUAUGUGACAUAUGCCAAAAACCCAAAUGAAAAGUGGUACUGUUACAACGACAGUAGCUGUAAGGUAAGUUAAGUCAUGAGUUUUUAUUCCAAAAACAGAAUUUAAAUCUCUGGUAUGUGAUGCAGUGUCCAUUGUCGUCUUUAACUCAGUUAUUUUAAGUUCACAAGUAUAAACCGAGCCUCACUGUGUUUUCUGUGUUCAGGAGUUGCGGUCAGAGGAGAUUGAUGCAGACUCUGCCUAUAUCCUGUUCUACGAGCAGCAGGGAGUGGAUUAUUCUCUGUUCAUGCCCAAAACUGACGGCAAAAAGAUGGCCGACACAACUAGCAUGGACGAGGACUUUGAAUCUGACUAUAAGAAGUACUGUGUUCUUCAGUAAUGGACUGUUGAUGUGUCAAUGUGCUGCUGGUUCAUCGACAUGCUUGUGCUAGAAAACCACCUUACUAUUUGAAUCUGAAAUCUCUCAGGUUGAGAUGAGCUGAACCUUAGAAAUCAUCCCUGGUGGUUAGAAGUGGACAACAAACCAUUUUUACUCCACCUCUUCAUAGUGGAUAGACAUUUUUUCAAGCAAUGGUACUCAAUAAAUUUUGCGUUAGCGAUGUCAAAUAAAACAGAGGGCUGUGUAUUGGUUUGUUUCAGUAUUAACACCUUGUCGGAGGGUGACCAUACUUAGGCCCAUGGUGCUGGUCCUAGGCCAGAUGUGACAAAUGUGUGUGUGUGUGUGUGUGUUUGUAAACCAAUGCCAGUUGCAAUAUGCCAUUAAUAUGUGUAGACACAUUUGAUUGGUAUUCUCUGCAGUUAAAGAUGUUAUAAUACAAUUGAUAUAGUGACAUGUAACUGAAAACCCCCCUCAUUGAAUACUACAAAAAAAAAGAUUGCAGUAGAAGCAAGUGUUCACUACCUCAUCAUACCCUGCUUUGGACAGUAGUCAAAUCCAUAGUCACAAUUCUAAAAUGUCUCCUUAGAAAAUUCCCUUUUUUGAUGUCCUCAAAUGUAAAUGAUUUAGACUCUAGACUGAUAGGCCUGGAUUAUAUUCAGUGUUGCUGAACUACAUUAAUGUAUUUGCAUUGCAAUGUACCUCUGUCUUUCGUGUUUGUUUAUCAUGUCAGGUCUGCUAAGAACAAAGCCUCAGACCCCUUACCCAUCUGAGAGAAUCUUCCUGUAGCGUCUGCUUGUCCCAUUCUGUGUGCAGGUCCAUUCCAACAACAUAUCAGUCUGUGCCAUUACAACAUUGUGAUGUUAUCACAUCAACAGUUGACUGUCAUUAUAGUAGCUACCAGUAGGCUAUGUCAUACUUUAUUAUUGUGCCCAAUUUAACACAAUUCGUUAUGCAAGUAAUGAGAUCACAACUUCAAAGAGCAGAAGUUGUGAUUAAUGUUGCAUCUUUCUGAAUGGCAUAGGUAUGAUUAGACAGAGUGGGACAUUUUUACAGUUUGAGUGGUUGCACCUUACCGUUAUGCGACAAGUGAAUAGGUAGCCUUUCCCUACACGCUUCGGAAGACAUUGUAUUUACUGUAACUAUGUUGACAUACACUAUAUGUGAAACAUUUUCACAAGUAGUUGAAUUAAUCUAAUCAUAUGAAG